AUGUCGACGCGGCCCUCGAGGACCACCAGAAGCUCCGCAGCGGCAGCAGCACCCACAGCACCCGCAGCCGCCACCCGCACCACGCGCAGAACCACCACGACAACGGCUCCUCCCCCUCCAUCAACAUCGGCCGCCGACCCUCUCGCUCGCCGCACGACCCGAGCCAGCAGGGCCAACACGCCGAGCGCCGUUCCCGAGGUCAAGGUCACCCAGACGCGCGCGUCCAUGGCCCGCAGUGCCGCCAACUCGCAGCCCUCGUCCUCGUCCACGACGCGCCCUCUGUGGUCCUCGAGCCGGGCCAACGUCAGCACGCCGCCGCCAGCCAGCGCCACCACCCCGCAGGUCAAGCGCGGUACUUCGCUCGCCGUGCCCGGGUCGAGCCUGCGCCCAAAGACGCCCGGCUCGGGCCUCAUCGCGCGCAUGACCAGUCGCGAGAGCCUGCGCCAGCCCAAGACGCCCGCGCCGGCACCUGCGCCCAGCCGCCAGUCGGUCGCACUCGAGCACUCGGUCGAGAACUACGACGGCGCGAGGGAGCCGAUCAAGGCCUUCCUCCGCAUUCGCCCUGCUCCGCCAGGCGUGCCCAUCCAGAGCUAUCUCCAGGUCCUCAACGAGACGGACGUCCUCAUGGUUCCGCCGAUGGACCACCGUCUCAACCCGUCGUCCUCGUCCUCGUCCCUGUUCUCGAACGCGCUCCUCCGCUCGUCGCACUUGCACCUCGACACGGCGUCGCACCCGUCGGGCACCCCGGACGACGUCCUCGCAUCGCCCGCGACCAACCACCACGUCGGGCCCGACCCGUCGACCUACGGCAGCUUGUACAAGUUCACCUCGGUCUUCCCGCCGACCUCGCUGUCGUCGUCGCCGUCCACGAGCUCGCCGAGUGCCGCCACCUCGCAGUCGCAGAAGGCGUUCUUCCAGUCGACGACCCUGCCGCUCGUGCGCGACUUUCUCGUCAAGGGCGAGAACUGCCUCCUGUUCGCGUACGGCCCCACGUCGAGCGGCAAGACCUGGACGGUUCAGGGCGGGCAGGGCGACGACGCCGGGUUGCUCCCGAGGGUGGUCGAGGUCGUCUGCAGGAGCUUGAAGGGCGAGAGGCGGCCGGCGAGCAAGAUGACGCCGCCGCCGAGUCGUGCAGGUCCGCCUCUCACCUCGACGCCGCCAGGCGCCGGCGGCCCUCGCGAGAGCCUUCCCGCCAAGGCGGAGGACCCCGAGGUCAUCGCGCUCUCGGACAGCUUCGAGUACUCGGUCUGGGUCUCGUACUCGGAGAUCUACAACGAGAAGAUCUACGACCUGCUCGAGCCGCCUGUCCCGACUACCUCGACCUCGACACCGGCCGCGAGCAGCCACGGUGGCGGCGGCGGCAUGUUCAAGAGCAUGUUCCGCAACUUGACGACGGUCAAGCGCAGCGCCCUGAGCCUCAAGGCCGACAAGUCGGCGCCGGCGACACCGGGCGGCGGCGCGUCGCAGCAGAAGGUCGUCGGCGGCCUGAGGGAGGUCAAGGUCUUGAGCGCCGAGGAAGCGCACGCCGUCCUCGCCCGUGGCCAGUCGAACCGCAGGGUGUUCAGCACACUCGCCAACCGCGCCUCGUCGCGCUCGCACGGCAUCUUCACGAUCAAGGUCGUGCGCUCGUCGCCGCACACGGGCGCCGAGGUGUCGACGUCGCGCUUCAGCAUCGUCGACCUCGCCGGGAGCGAGCGCGUCGUCAACACGCAGACGACGGGCGAGCGGCUCAAGGAGGCGGGCAACAUCAACCGCAGCCUCAUGGUUCUCGGUCAGUGCAUGGAGGUGCUGCGCAAGAACCAGGAGCGCGAGAAGGGCCGCAAGGCCGCCAUCGUGCCCUUCCGCCACAGCAAGCUCACCGAGAUGUUCCAGAGCUUCUUCAUCGGCGACGGCAAGGCGGUCAUGAUCGUCAACAUCAACCCGUACGAGACGGGCUACGACGAGAACUCGCACGUCAUGAAGUUCUCGGCCAUCGCCAAGAGCGUCGUCACGACCCUGCGGCGCGGGCCCGACAACCACGUCCUCCUGGCGCCGACGCCUGCUCCUGCGCCGCUGCCCGUGCCGGCAAUCGAGAAGAAGCAGGUCAAGAAGAAGGAGCCGAGGGUCGUCCGGGUCUCGCUCGUCGACGGCGGCGAGGAGGAAGAGGUUCUUUACGAGGAGGAGACCGACCUUGACGACGACACCGACGAGGACGAGUUUGUCGGCGCCCUCCUCGACGAGCUCAGCACUCUCCGCACGGCGCUCCUCGAGGCGCAGAUGAACGCCGUCCUCGCCGUCUCGACCGCUCGGUCGCAGCUCGCCAAGGAGUACGAGGCCAAGAUCCUCGCCAUGGACCGGGAGCACCAGCGGCGGCUCAGGGAGGAGGCGGUCGAGGCCGACACCAAGUUCAACGCCAAGCUCGACAUCCUCACGCGCCUCCAGGCCGCUCGUACGCCCGCUCGUGGUGCAGGUGCGGGCCGGGCCAGCUACAUGACGCCGUCGACGGCGUACGACGACUCGGACAACGAGGAAGAGGAGGACGAGCUCGAGGGGGACGGUGGGAACGAGUCGGGAGAGGAGGAAGGAGAGGGAGAGCUGCGGGACGACAGCGAGGAGGUGCGGGACAUGCUUCUGCCGGGUGCGGCCGGGGACACCAGCCUGGCCGAGUCGACGGACUCGAUGUCGCCUCUCGCCGCACGCGUCAAGCACGUUACGAUGCUCUCGCCGUCGCCUCUCGCCCAGUCGCCGCUCUCGCGCUCGCCGCUCGCGACCGACUCGGCGAUGCUCGCCGCCGACAGCAACGUCGACGCCGCGGUCGAGAACCUCGUGCCGGUGGCCGAGGCCGAUGGCGAGCCGCAAGAGCAGACGGCGGCACCGGCGACCGCCGAGGACGAGCCACUCGUCGUCGACGAGCAAGACGAGCUCGCUUCUGCCGACGAGGGCGAGAUAAAGGCGGCUUCCGACGCCGAGUACGACCCGUCGCCUGUACCUACGCCCAUCAAGGACACGCCGUCGCAGCUCUCGACGCCUCGCACCGGCGGCGGCGGCGGCAAGGGCAAGGAGAACGAGGCGCCCACGCCCGACGACGCUGCACUCGCCGAGGCCGACGACGACGAGGCGUACGCCGAGGCGGACGAGUUCGGCCUCGACAAGAGCAUGGUCAUCCGCUCGGGCAGCAAGACCAAGAAGACCAAGCGCAAGCUCGGCGUCAAGGUGCACGACGUCGACGACCUCGACACGAUCGAGGGCAUCCUGUCGCCUAUCCGCAAGACGCCGAGUGCGACGAGCCGCUCGUUCCUCAAGCGCUAGUUCCUCGUCCUCCCUCCCUCUUUCCCUCUUCCUCUUUCGCCUUUCGUCCGCCUGUCUAUCCCCCUCGGUCUCUUUCGUCUCUCUCUAUUACCAAUGUCCACUCGCGCUGCCAACGACGACAUUCCUUUGCCUCGCC